CAAAAUAGUGGUCAACAACGUCGUCCCAGUUUCUUUGACGACUGUCAGUCCAGCCCCAAAAUAAUCUUGAGCACAGUAGUGGGGACUUGCAGCAGCACCAGGAGAUCGCAUUUAUAAAUAGGAAGCAGGUUGUUGCGCGGCUCGACAUUUCACAAUCACCUUCUGAACGGGAUAGAAAAAAAACAACAACACUGAUCUCCUCCCUCUGUAAGUUACAUAUGGACUGGAGCAGCCUGCAGCGACAAAACAUGACGUCCAUAUGCGGGAAUGUUAACUGACUUGUGUGUGAUUUAACAACGUCGAAUAGCUGACAGACCUUUAAAGUUGUCCUGUGCUGCACUGGUAAGCUUCCAUGACUGACUGUGAGGGUCAUCAGUGAGGGACACUCAUGGCCCACCGUGUGCACGACCACCAAAGCCGCCUGCCAGUGGCCCAGGUUGUGACCCUGCCACCUUCCAGCCAAGCAAAGGACUUGAGGCCCAGCUGGACAGCGCUGGACUCCUUGCUAUGCGGCGCCUUCGCCGGAGCUGUCGCCAAAACCGUCAUCGCACCCCUCGAUCGCACCAAGAUCAUCUUCCAAGUGUCCUCAAACAGGUUCUCCGCUAAGGAGGCCUUCAGAGUCAUCUACUGCUCGUACGUGAAAGAUGGGCUGCUCAGCCUGUGGAGGGGCAACUCGGCCACCAUGGUGAGGGUCAUGCCCUACGCUGCCAUCCAGUUCUGCUCCCAUGAACAGUACAAAAUGGUGCUGGGGGGCCACUACGGCUUCCAGGGAAAAGCUUUGCCUCCAUUCCCGCGUUUUUUGGCUGGCUCACUGGCGGGGACCACAGCGGCCAUGCUUACGUACCCGCUGGACAUGGUGCGGGCCCGCAUGGCGGUUACAGCCAAAGAAAUGUACAGCAACAUCAUGCACGUCUUUGUGCGAAUCUCUCAAGAAGAAGGCAUAAAGACCCUCUACAGAGGCUUCACCCCCACCAUACUGGGCGUGAUCCCCUACGCCGGUAUCACCUUCUUCACUUAUGAGACCCUCAAAAAACUACACACAGAAAAGACAAAACGGUCCCAGCCAUACACUGUGGAGCGUUUGGCCUUCGGCGCAUGCGCAGGCUUGAUUGGACAGUCGGCCUCUUACCCUCUGGAUGUGGUCCGCCGGCGCAUGCAGACGGCCGGGGUGACCGGAUCGACCUGCAGCACCAUCUUGGGAACAAUGCGUGAGAUCGUGAGGCAGGAGGGCGUCGUGCGGGGACUCUACAAAGGCCUGAGCAUGAACUGGCUUAAGGGGCCCGUCGCCGUGGCCAUCAGCUUCACCACCUUCGACAUCACGCACAGCCUUCUUCUCAAAGUGCACCAGACGGGCUUCUUCGCCCACUGAUUGGCACAGGAUGGACUCAAUGGAGGUGGUCACGGCUACACUUUGUGCUGGCCACGCCCAGGAAGACUGAAAUGUCCUUGUAUGGCUGUUCACACAAUCACAUGUAUUAACAAAAUAAUGGUACCAUCAAGAGUAAUUAAGACAAAUUGUGUCUUCUGUGUUUGCACUACUCUGCCUUUUGUUGUUGAUUUUUUUUAAAAAUCAAAAUGCUCAUGUUCGGUUAUAAUUUGCACCUUCGGGUAAUCAAGCAAUAUGUGAACUGAAAUGAUUGUAGGAGGGCAUAUUUCCCCCCCCACCACUUCCUCUCCCAUCCAGCACUUUCAUGGCGAUUACAAGUGUUGUCUCCUCGGCGGAACUAACAAAAUAGCAUAUGAGAAAUAAAUGUAUGUAUUCAUAUGUAUAAAAGAGUUUUUUUAAUGAAAAAUAGUUGUUAUAUUACAUUUGAUGUCAUUUCAAAGAUGGGAUGUUUGGCAAUAAUGUAUACGCAAUAGUGAUCAAUACUUAAGUUGUCCACAUGAGGGAGCCCUGUGACAAAUAAUCAAGCAGGGGCGCGCUUCAAAUAAAAUGUUAAAAAAAAAACGUAAAGUGUGUGUUUUCCACGUUCCUUUUACAGUAUGUACACGUACGGUACUUGUGUGCACUGAUGUAAGUGUAAGAAUUAUUUCAAUUUAGCUUUUAAAAUAAAUGACACGUUUUACACAUGCAUAUGAUAUAGUACCGAUAUAAUACGAUCCAAAAUGAUAAUAUUAAUAAAGAUUAUAAAAAGAUUCUAAUCUCAUACAGUAGGCGGUAGCAGUGAGCUAAUCCGGGGUGUUACGAAAGGGCGAUUGUGGCCUGAAUUUGACUGCUCCCCCAACAGCUCCCCGUGACCCUUUUUUAUACACUCGUAUUAUAGCUUGGUGUAGAUAACAUGUCAGCACAUUUAAAUCAUGUUCUUCCACGUUUUGAGCUGUGUCCAUUAACGUAGUUAUUGAAUAAA